AAAAAAUUGUCUUACCUUUGAUCGUAUCAAUUUACAUCCAAAUCUAGUGAUUAGUUUAAUCACCAUGAUUGGAACCAUAAACAUAAUUGAAGUGAAGUGUCAACGAGAACAAUUAAUUUCCAAACAUCAGGAUUCUCAGAAACAAUCAGAUUGACCUUUUCUCGUCAUAACCAAACACACAUUCUAUUUCCUUUGGUUGUUUGUUUCUUCUUCUCUUCAUCAUUUCCCCUGCAACACCAUGAUUCAGGUCGUUGGCGAAGGUAAUAGACAGAAAAUUUGUCGAGUUUGUUCCGACCGAGCGAUGGGCUUCAAUUUCAAUGCGAUUACCUGUGAAUCUUGUAAGGCCUUUUUCCGUCGAAAUGCUUUUAAAUCUGAGAAACUUAGAUGUCCUUUCAACAACGAUUGUAUCAUUGAUAAAUCAACCAGAAGAUUCUGUCAGAAAUGUCGACUUGAAAAAUGUUUACAGGUUGGCAUGAAAAAAGAAUGGAUUCUAUCUGAGGAACAGAAGAAGAUUAAAAGAGCCAAAAUUGCUGAGAAUCGAUUGAAACGUAAAAUAGAAGAUCCCAAUGGUUCCGAUGGACCUUCUGAGGAAAAGUCAUCAAGUAAAUCAACUGAUAAGAUGGAACAUUUUUCUACCUCAAACAGUGAUCAUCCAAUUUCGUCAACCUCACCAUCAUUUUCACCUUCGUAUUCAUCUUCAUCCUCUUCACAAUAUGGUGACGAUUCACUUGCUUACAGAUCAUCACCAGGUAAUUCGCACUCUUCACCUUUCACUGGUUCUUUGACUCGAAAAGAAAGUACCGGUGGUUAUGAUUUCUCUCUCGAUUCUCUGCUAGCACCUAAACCUAAUCAACAAUCAUUGUCUGUGUUUAAACCGAUCUCAACGAUUGUCGGCACAAGUGAUUCACCAGUUAACUCAGGAACAUUGGAAAGAUAUAAUAAUUUAAAAACAUUGACAACAAACUCCUUGAUUCGAGACUCACUGGAUGCUAAUUGGGUCUCACUUAUAACUGAUCCGUCUACCAAUCAAAGUGGUCAACGAAAAUCGUGUUUAAUCAAUCAUAUAUUGGAAAACAAUAAUGAAGUAAUUGAUUAUCACCAUCAAGGCAAUUUGGAAAACAUUAAGGAAUCAACUGAUCCUAUUCAUCAUCAUAGACUAUCUCCUACAUCUUUAUUAUUGCAAUUUACCACUGCUGAUUGCAUAAGAUCACAAUUAGAACCAACAAACAACAGCAAUGAUGAUAAUCGUGAUGAAAUUGAAGAAUCUUGGAAAUUAAAAGUAAAUCAUCGUAUUUUAGAGGCCAAUUUUACGCCAAUUUAUCUGAGAAACGCGAAAGACGAAUCUGUUAUCAAUGGUUCACUCAACGAAUUGGAAACUGCUAAAAUUAAUGAGCUGAUUCAAUCAUUUUCAGUUAUCGAUGAGCCUAUUCUUGAUCAUUCAUGUGCCGAAGACUCGCGAAUUUCCGAUGUGAUCAAAUUUUCUGACCUUGCAAUUAGACGAUUGAUUAAAUGGUGCAAAAAGAUAAACGCUUUUUCAAGCCUCUGUUUAGAUGAUCAAAUGGCCUUACUAAAGGCCGGCUGCCUGGAGAUGCUCUCAAUGAAAGCUUCAUUUAAUUUCAAUCCCGACAAUGAAAGUUGGCAGGAUACUUACACCAAAAAUGGUGUCAAAUUAACUGUGUUUCGUCAGGCCAGUGAAAAACUGUACCAAGCUCAUCGUCAGUUCAUCAGAACGUUCAAUCAACGUUGGAGGACUGAUCAUAAAGUUAAUUUACUCUUAGUCGCAAUUGUCCUUUUUAAUCCCGAUCGACCUAAUCUACUUCAUCCAGCAACCGUAAGGUUGGAACAUUAUACUUAUAUUUACCUGUUACGCCGCUACCUGGAAACUAAAAGUGAUUCCUUGUGUCAAGCUCGUUCCGAUCAUUACCAUUUAAUGAUGAAGAUUGAGGAUUUACGAGAACUUCAUGAGAAAACACUCCGAUUAUAUUCUGACGCAGGACCCGAAGUUGUUGGCCCUCUUUUAAUUGAGAUUCUUGAUCUUAAGUGAAAAAUCAGCUCAUGAAAUGUAUUUUUCUUCAUCAUCUAAGCUUAAUCAUAAUCUUUUGAUGGUAACAACUAAACAAAUAACAAUCAAUACACUAAUUGUGAGGUGCUAAUCGUCAUGAUGAUAAUCUUCAUUGUUAAUUUCUGGUCA